AAUUGGACUGGCUGAGUAACCCAAGCUUCUCGACAGAAGAUGCACUAGUCCUGCACCAGCGCACUGCAGAAGGUGCCAAUCUCAUCCCUGAAAAAUCACCACCACUAAGGACUGCCUCAAGAUCUGAGUUGUCAGGGGAGAGUGAUACCGAUGAGAGUCUGAAACAGGCAAGUAAGAAAAGGAAAAAGAAAAAGAAGCAUCAUCACCACUAUAAGAAGGCAAAAAAGAAAGCCAGAGGGGACUCCAGUAGCAGCGAAUCAGACGUGGACACUAAGCACAGCAAGGACAAAGGAAGUGGCAGAAAUCGUGAAAGGGAAGCAGCAGCAAACCUAGAUAAGAAAACAUCUAAUCUUACCAGCAGUCGCUCUGUUUGGCUUGAUGAUGUCCAGGCUUUCACAGCAGACACCUUCAGAAUAGACAAGAAACCAGACCCUGCAAACUGGACCUACAAGUCCUUGUAUCGAGGGGACAUAGCAAGGUAUAAAAGGAAAGGAGAAUCCUGUCUUGGCAUAGAUGCAAAGAAACAGUGUAUAAGUUGGGGCAGUUCUACAUCAAAAAGGAAGCAAGUACAGAGGCAAUCUGAGCGCUACUUCACAAAGGACAAUGUGAAGAUGCUGAACAUAGAUAGCAUUCCUGUUUGCAAGAGAAGCUCUCCAUCUGACCUAGCUACUUUUAUACCAGUUUGCCAAACGGAAACUGGUGAUCCUUCUGACACAACAGAGGUAAAUCCUCUUGGGAUUUAUGAUGCAUCAACUACAGUGUGGCUACAAGGAAAAGGUUGCAAGAGUGCAGACAAUGAGUCUGUAACUACGCAGCAAACAACUCAAGAGCCUGGGAUAAACAUGAACUCCAUUUUAAUGGCAAAGGUGGAAGAACAUAACAAGAAAGUCAGAGAAAACCCGAGAGAUAUUAAUGCUUGGAUGGAAUUUAUUUCUUUUCAGGAUGAAUUAAUGAGAGGACCUAGCCUUUAUGCCAGUAAAGGAGAGCAGGAAGUAAGAAGAAAAUCACUGAAGUUAAUCUUGGAAAAGAAACUGGCUAUUUUAGAGAGGGCAAUUGAAAGUAAUCCAAGUAAUGUUGAUCUGAAACUUGCCAGGCUGAAGCUGUGCACAGAGUUCUGGGAACCACCAGCUGUGAUCAAAGAAUGGCAGAAGCUAAUUUUCUUACAUCCCAAUAAUCCAGAGAUGUGGAAGAAAUACCUUCUGUUCUGUCAAAGUCAGUUCACCACCUUUUCUGUUUCAAAAAUCAAUAGUCUCUAUGGAAAAUGUUUGACAACAUUGGCAGCGGUACAGGAUGGCAGCAUGGUAUCUCACCCUCUGCUGCCUGGCACAGAAGAAGCUAUGCUGGCUAUAUUUAUUCAGCAGUGCCACUUCCUGAGACAGGCUGGCCAUUCUGAGAAAGCAGUGUCCUUGUUUCAGGCUCUGAUUGACUUCACCUUCUUUAAACCUGACAGUGUUAAAGAUCUGCCAACAAGGGGACAGGUGGAAUUCUUUGAACCCUUUUGGGAUAGUGGAGAACCACGAAUUGGAGAAAAAGGAGCAAGAGGCUGGAAAGCAUGGAUGCACCAACAGGAGAAGGGUGGCUGGGUUGCUCUAAAGUCUGAUGAUGAGGAUGAUGAGGAGAUUGAUGAGGAUCAAGAAAUAAAGGAUAAAACUCUCCCCAAGUGGCAUAUUUGGUUGGAUAUUGAAUAUUCCCGUGAAGCAAGGCACUGGUUACCUUGGAGGCCAGACAAAGGCAAAAAGGAAACUGAAGAAGAUUGUGAAGAUCCAGAAAGACAGGUGUUAUUUGAUGAUCUUGGACCAUCUCUAAUUCGUCUUUCUAAUCCAGAUCUUCAAAGUCAACUAUUGUACUCAUUUUUGCAGUUUCUGGGAGUUCCAUGUACAAGUAAACUCUUCCCUUCCAGUCUCUAUAUUGCCAUGGAUGAAAAUAACAUCUUUGACAGUGUGCUGUAUGAUGAUAAACCACUGACUUCUGCUGGCUUUCCACUUUCUGGAUUCAACAGUAUCGGCCACAUGGACACAAUGCUACGAAGAAGACAUCACAUAGGCCACUAUAAAGAAGGAGAGGAGUUCAUACAGAAUGUUUUCCAUGUUCUAUUCCAGAUAUUUACAGGAAAGGAAAAAUCUAACCUGUCCAUUUGUUGGUUGCAGUAUGAGAUAUCUAAGGUAAUUCAGUGUCUCCAAGCAAAGAAGAAAAAGAAGCUAAAAGCACAAGGGAGAAAGAGUAAAAAGUUGGCCAAGAAUUUCCUUAAAGCACCUGACAAGCGAAACAACCUUUGUCUCUGGAAACUGUAUGCCUACCUAGAAUGGCUUCUUGGUAACACUGAUGAUGCCAGGAAGGUGUUUGACACAGCUCUUUGCACGGCAGAGACAGGAGGACUGAAGAGUGCCCAGCUCUGCAGCCUCACCCUGCUUUAUGCUCAGCUGGAAGUGGAACUACUAGAAAGUCUAGAAGGAGCUGUUAUGUCACGUGCUGUUCAUAUCCUGACCAAGUUGGCUGAGAGUGGACCAUAUGUGCCUUAUAGUGGCCAAGUGUUACCUGUGAGUGUCUUGAAGGCUCGUAAAACAUAUGAGCAUGCACUGCAAGAUUAUUUAAGUAAACCAGCAGUUUCUGCUCAGGAUCAGGUCAGUGCUGCUGAGCACCUGGUUAACUUGGUCGGUUGUUAUGCACUGUUCCAGUAUUUGACUGUUGGGAUUGAUGCUGCAGUAUUAAUAUAUACACAGACUUCAGAAAAACUUGAAGCUUCUGGUCCACAGAAAUGUGAAAAUACUGGAGAGAAUUUUGGCAUUCAAAAUUUUCCCACUGCUCUUGAAGCUGUCACACUGCUGCAUACAAAUUUACUGAGAUUCCACAUGAAAAUUAGUGUUUAUCCUUUGAAUCCUCUGCGAGAGGCACUGACGGUGGCUCUGAAACGGUAUCCUAGCAACCAGUCCCUUUGGAGGUCAUACAUCCACAUCCAGAGGAAGUCUCACAGUGCUAACAAAGCACGAAGAUUUUUUGAUGGUGUCACCAGGUCUACUAACUCUUUAGAGCCAUGGCUGUUUGCAAUCCAAGCAGAGCAGAUGAGAAAAAAACUCACUGAGAAAGUCCAGAGGGCAGAUGUUGGUGAAAUACAUUGCACUAUUCCUGAAACUGGAUUAACAAAUCGGAUUGUAGCUCUAUUUGAACACGCAGUUCAGAGUGAAAAUGGUACCCAUUGUCCACUGCUGUGGAGGAUGUAUUUGAACUUCAUGGCUUCGCUGGGAAAAAAAGAAAAAAGUAAAGGAUUGUUUUAUAAAGCCCUUCAAAAUUGUCCUUGGGCAAAGAUGCUCUAUAUGGAUGCUGUAGAGUACUUCCCUGAUGAUCUGCAAGAGACCCUUGAUCUAAUGACUGAGAAAGAAUUGCGGGUGCGGGUACCUCUGGAAGAGCUGGAUCUGCUGCUGGAGAUCUGA